GCGCAGCUUGUGCCGAAAACUUCGGACUAUUCAGAUUGGAAAGACAACGUGUGGAAACCAUACACAUAACAUGACUAGCUAUGACUUCCUUUUAAGAACCCACUUUGAAGAGCGUUUUGAGUAAAUGGUUUAUUUUGCUAAACUUUUGCAACAUAAUUGGCGUAAUGAAUACACCCUUGUUACUUCAUCCGGAAACAUGGAGGCUGUCGUCUGUGAUGUUGUUUCACCAGAGGAUCUCUUGAAAUUUGAAAAGAAGUAUUCUACAGAGUUGGCUAAAGGGGAUUUGACCAAAGACACAAAGUUUGAGUAUGCCUGGUGUCUGAUCAGGAGCAAUUUCCCGGAUCAAAUCAAUAAGGGCAUCGUUCUGCUGGAUGAGCUGGUUCACAAGGGGACCAAGGAUGACCAGAGGGACUACUUGUUUUACCUGGCUAUUGGAAACUACAAACUGAAGGAGUAUGAGAGGGGCCUGAAAAGCAUCCGGAUCCUCCUGAAGAAUGAACCAGGGAACACGCAAGCUCUGGAUCUGGAGAAGCUCAUAGUGAAGGCCAUGAGGAAAGGUGAGGUCAGGGUUAGUCUGAGUACCAGUCUGUGUUAUCAUGCCAACUCCUUGUAA